UACCAAUCACUAAGCUUGUUGUGUGUCGAAGCAAAAUCCAUACAUCAUUAAAAUCUAACCCGGGGACACGAGUUUUCUCGAAAUGCCGGGGAAUAAGCCCAAAAAAGAGAAGACAGUCACGAAAAGUACGCCUAGCUCCAAAGCUAGUGCAAAAGAGAAUUCUGAAAAUGCUGAAAAUGAGAACAAGAAAAAGCCGGCAAAGAUUCAACUACCAGAACAUCCACCACCAGCACAGAUCAACAAACUGAAUUUCACUGGACCACCAACCAUAAAGAAGGACAAAAGACAAAACUCAUCAAGAUUUAAUGUCACAAAAAACAGAGAAUUGCAAAAACUACCAUUGCUGAAAGAUUCAACACCAGCAGAAAGAGAAGAUUUAUUCAUUCAGAAAAUCCGGCAAUGUUGUGUUCUAUUUGACUUUGUAAUAGACCCUCUUAGUGAUUUAAAAUGGAAAGAAGUGAAGAGGGCAGCACUGAAUGAAAUGGUGGAGUUCGUAUCGCACAAUAGAGGUGUCAUCACAGAACCUAUCUAUCCUGAAGCUAUACAUAUGUUUAGUGUAAAUUUAUUCAGAACAUUACCUCCCUCAUCAAAUCCCCAUGGUGCAGAGUUUGACCCAGAAGAAGAUGAACCUGCAUUAGAGGCAUCAUGGCCACAUUUACAGCUUGUGUAUGAAUUUUUUCUGCGGUUUUUAGAGUCUCCGGACUUUCAGCCAAAUACAGGGAAGAAAUAUAUUGAUCAAAGAUUUGUGUUGCAACUUUUAGAAUUAUUUGACUUUGAAGAUCCACGAGAAAGAGAUUUUUUAAAGACACUUUUACAUAGGAUAUAUGGGAAAUUUUUAGGGUUAAGAGCAUAUAUACGUAAACAAAUCAACAAUAUAUUUUACAGCUUUAUAUAUGAAACAGAACAUCACAAUGGUAUUGCAGAAUUGUUAGAAAUCUUAGGAAGUAUUAUUAAUGGUUUUGCCCUACCAUUAAAAGAAGAGCACAAAGUAUUUUUGUUAAAAGUGUUAUUGCCUUUACAUAAAGUGAAGUCUUUAAGUGUGUACCACCCACAACUGGCGUACUGUGUUGUUCAGUUUCUGGAGAAAGAUCCAAGUUUAACAGAACCUGUAAUAAUGGGACUGCUUAAAUUUUGGCCGAAAGUACAUAGCCCAAAGGAGGUUAUGUAUUUGAAUGAAUUAGAAGAAAUAUUGGAUGUGAUAGAACCUGCAGAGUUCACUAAAGUAAUGGUGCCACUGUUUAAACAGCUUGCCAAAUGUGUCUCCAGUCCACAUUUUCAGGUGGCAGAAAGAGCACUAUACUUUUGGAAUAAUGAGUACAUAUUGAGUUUGAUCAGUGAUAAUGCCUCGACUAUACUACCAGUAGUGUUCCCAGCUUUGUAUAAGAGCAAGGAACAUUGGAAUAAGACAAUCCAUGGCCUAAUUUACAAUGCAUUAAAGUUAUUUAUGGAAAUGAAUCAGAAACUGUUCGAUGAUUGUACACAGCAGUAUAAAGCCGAAAGACAAAAAGAAAAGGAAAGAUUGAAAAAUCGAGAUGAUGCUUGGACAAAGGUUAACAAUUUGGCAAUUGGAAAUCCGCAAUAUAAAGAAGUUGCAACUAAGUAUAUGGAGAAUGGUGAGAAAACAAGAAAUCCUGGAACACCUAAUUUAGAGGAGGACACAGAUAUUAACAUGAAAGAAUUAGAAAAAGAAGCCAAUGAGAUUUCAAAAACUGCUGAAUUACGACAGCUCUAUCAGGAACAGAUAACGAAGAAAAAAGGCAAGGGAGACAAGCCAUUGUUGCGGCGAAAAUCAGAACUACCACAUGACAUAACUAUGAUAAAAGCGUUAGAUAGUCACAAAAGACAUGAUGAAUAUCUCCCAACAAAUUCAGAGGGCAAUUCAGCUACAACUACCUGAGACCAAAAAGUGAUUUAUUUAAAGAUCAUGGACCAUUUAUUGUCGUAAUGUUGGGACAUUCAAUCUCUUUAUCUGGUGUCUGCAAGUUUAUUGUGUAGUAGAGAUGAUAAAAAAAUAAGUGAAUGAAUGAAAGUGUGAAUAACUGCUGUAAAUUUUUAUAUUGUAUAUAAUCGAAGAGUAAAAGUGAAGAUUUUAUGGAAUAUGUCAUCCUGUAUGAAGUGAGGUCAGUGUACAUUUAUGUGCGGGUCAAGAUUUUGUAUAAUUGCAAUUCUGUGAUAAAUAGUCCAUUAAAUUAACUUGCAGCACCCUGUGAUACUCCACCCACUUUGCCUUAAAAGGAAUGGGAGGAGUCACAAAUUGAAAUGCCUGAUAGAUUUAUGUACAUUUUGAUUUUGUCAUAGAUGUACCUCAGGUUAAUAUCAUGCAAAUCGAGUUCAGACAGUUAAUGCUUUUACCACAACAGAUUUUGUACUGGAUAGAUGUGUGUGUUUUACAAAUCUUUGAUGAUUGCGUACCUAAAUAGUUAAACAGCGUAUAUGUAAGGCUUUUAUUAUGUAGAUCAUCUCCAUAUAUCCUACCGGUGUUGUUGAUUAAUUUGUCAGUAAAAAAGGUCUUAUCAAUAAAAUAUUGCCAAAGUUAGAUGAUCAUAACAUUUAAAUAAUCAUCACAACAUGUAUUUGCAAGUGUUAAAUUGAGGUCACAUAUCAAUAAGAUUAUAUCCAAUGGACAAACCUGUGUAUGGUAAAGAUGUAAAUACUCUUUUCAUUAGAACAAUCUGUUUAAAUGAUAUACUGUAUAGCGCUUUCCCUUUGAUAAAAAAAGACAUGACUUGACCAACAAUCAUUGAAAUCUUUAAUAAAUCAUUAUCUGUGGAGCCAGAUCAAGUAACACAUUAUACAUACAGUGCAUACAGUAUUAUUGUACACAGCAUGUAUAUCCCACAACUGCUUUUAUAGUCUAGUCAUAAAUACAAUUAAAUGCAGUAUUUAAUCCAAUUCUGACCUGACAAGUAUUAAUUUGCCUUACUAAAUAUAUGUAUCAAUAUAUAUGUGUUUGCAUUAACUGUGAUUGGCUGUUGGCAGUGUAAUAUUUGUGUUUAUUGUUAAAAGUAGAUGAUAACGGGACAAUGAUACAUGUAUUGCGGAUUGGACAAAAUUCGUAUUCGUAACAUUCUUGAAAAAAAGUGCUAUUUUUGUUAGCUAUUUGCUGUUGUUAAUUUAUUGUCAAAAAUUGUUCAUACCAAAAAAAAAAGAAAUUAAUUUUGUUUGUGAUUUCUGGUAAUUGUGGUGACACUUUUGUAAACCAAACACUCAAAUAGAAUUAUAAUCAUAAGUCCUUUUACUUCUGCAAAUACAUGAAAAAGUGAGGACAAAGUGGGAACGAUUGUUUAAUUUUUUCCUUUCAAGAACUUCAGAAAUCAAAGCCAAUGAACGAAUAAAAAUUUACCGAAAGUUAUUACUUUUUCAUAAGGAAAUAAGAAAGAAAGUGUAUGUCAGAUAUUUUAAGAAAGAUUUCUGUAAAAUUAUAGAUGCAUUUUAGCAUUGUUAGUUACUUCAUACACCUGCUCAUUCUUGAUCAGUAAUAUGUAAAUUUUAUGUGCAUGGUCAUAAGGUCAUUAAAUGAUGUGUUCACUUACUAUUGUACACAAAGUUAUCUUUUCUCUAAUGUUUAUGAUAGAUGGAAAAAUAUCAGACAUGUAGUAAAAUGAAGCUCUAUGAGUACCGUAGAUAUUUAUUUUGAACUACAACAGCUUUGCUCAUAGAACAUAGAAUGUUUUGUAACUUUAUUCUUUGUCCUUAAAUUUCUGUUAAAAGACACAAAAUUUAAAAUGUUCAAAUAAUUAAAGAUCCAUUUCCUCAAUCAGAUUUAUUUACAUUAAUUAAAUGAAAAAUUAAUUCCCUUCUAUUUCAUUUUUUUCAAGAUAUUCUUGACUGUACAUUAUUUUCAUUGUUUGUUAGAAUGAGGACUGAGCGAUAGUUACAAUAAGUAUAAUUAGUUAUGAGUGAGUUUGUUAACUAACUGUUGUUAUGUUUGUUAAGUAGUCUUCUUGUUAUUUUAAGAUGGGAUCAACACACAUUUUUGCAAUAUUUUUUUUUUUUAAUUUCUCAUUUUCAUUUUACUAAACAUAUGCAAUCUCUCUUAAUAUUAUAAAAGGACCUCAAUUUUGUUAAACUGAUCAUAUAUUGAUUGUAUCAAAUGACUUUCUCCCAAACAUUUUUAUAUAUGCAUUUAAAAUAAUGACGAGAACUUCACAAUUCCAUAUAAGAACAGAACACAUAUUGGUACUUAAUAUAUUUGACUCACAAAGAAACGACAAAGUUAAGGCCUAAUUCUUAUUAAUAUUAAUCAUUGUUAUUAGGACUUUUGGAAGGAGAAGUGAUAGGAUUUGUUUUUCAUUAAAUGGAAGUUGAACAAUAUUGUAUUAAAUGAUUUUUAUUAAAGGAUGGUGGUGGAUUUUAAGAGCUGUGUUAACAUUUUUAAAAAUCUUCUAAAAUCAAUUUGUUCCAGUAUCCCAUUGUAUUUUUUAAUAGGUUUUAAUUUUGGAAAACUUAUAAUCAGCCAUGGGUAGACAUUAACUACUUAGUUUGAUAAGUAUAUACAACUUUAAACUGAAAUCCUUGUUAAUGUUUUGAACAUAAUUUUUUUCUCCAGAGGAUGGUCAUAUUUAAGAUUAUUUUAUUAAUAAUAAGUUACCAAAAUUUACAUUCCAUUAUUUAACUAUAGCAUUACCAUUACCAAUGAUUGACAUGCCAAGUUUAUAAUGUGCCAGUGCAUUGCCAUAUGUCUGUUGUUAAAUAUUCUAAGUGAUAAAAGGAAGCAAAAUACAAAUUUCAAGUGAACCAAAUCUAUUUUUCAUGUAUGCCAAAAAAAAAUAAUUCUUUUAUGAGAUAUAUUUAGUAAAAAUUUCCAAACUUCCCUUAAUAAUGUAUGAAAUCUGGUUAAUUUUUCGUAGAUUCCAUAGAGCAUAAAUAAAACAAAAAACUCUAUGAACAGAUGAUUCCAUUUAAACAUUAACAAUCUUUCAAAAAAAGAAAGGAACAGUCUUUACUGAAUGCAGUAGGCUGUUGUUCUUAUAUCCUGAUACAUUAACAUUUAACUAGGUUAAUACAUGUACAUAUCAGAUAUAUAGGCCAAAGUUUGACUAAAUUUCAAACAUUUCAGUAAGAUUUGACACAGUAACAGAAUGGUUAUUUCCCUAUACAAGUAUCAAGAUGUUAGAUGCAUCUUAUAUAAACAAUCCACAGUACUUUACACAGAGAAGAAGUAAACUUAUCAUGCUAAUCAAGUUUUAUCAAGAAAAGUUUCCAAUAAUCCUGAAAAUGGUCAUGAAAUCUGUUUGCAAAGGGAAGAAUUAUUUGUUUAUUCUUUUAUAUGUCAAGCAAUUGCAAAAUUUCAUUUUGAAAAUAUGUAAACAGUUUUAAAAUUUAUUUUGCAUUUAAAUGGCAAAAAUAGACACCAACUAAAAUAGGGUACCAUUCAUUAAGUGAGGGUAGAAUUUUCGUAUUUUUUUUAAUCUAGCAAUUACUUCACUAAUCCCUGAUGUGACUUAACUUUAUGCUUUCAUUCACCAUUGAAAUUUUUAUGUUAUUGUAAUUAUUAAACAGAAAAUCAUAAAAUGUCAAAUUUAUUUGUGUACUAAAGUGGAACAUUUUCUUAUUCAAACAUGAAAUGUAACAGUAACUUGUUAAAAUUUUAAUAAUGACUUGUUUUAAUUUAAUCGUGCUGUCUAGGUUAUAAUUCUUUUAGAUGCAUUUGAGUAACUAAUAGAAUGAGAUGCACUAUUUUCAGGUAAAUAUGCAUGAUGUACUAGGUCUUUGUUUGUGGUCAGGAAUUGUCAAGAGUGAUAUUUUUUUCUUAAAACUGUCAUUAAAAUGAAAAAAAUGAA